GAUCCUAGCAGCCCUGACAGUGAAGUAGAGUCUCCUAAUAUCUAGCCUGAAUCUACCCUCUGCCCACCUGUGAUGGUUAUUGAACAGAUAUGCUGUUUGAAGUGCUGCAAAUGCCUUUGGAUUUCCUGCUGGGAUACUGUGUGGCUUCCCUUUUUUCCUUUCCCUGACAGACUGUGCCCUGUCCCACAUGAAACAAUAAUUGGCUUGGAUCUUCUAUUAACCAUGAGUCUUUUGAGGUUGCUUGCAGCUACCUUAAAACAUCCUGGCAUUCAAUUUUUGAAAAAUCAAGAUGUGGCCAGAAAGGUAUUUCUACAGAACCGACUUUAUGUUUCAUCCAGAGCCACAGAACCAUUCCUGAGUGGAAGUAAUUCAAAUUAUGUGGAAGAAAUGUAUUAUGCAUGGCUUGAAAACCCUAAAAGUGUUCAUAAGUCUUGGGAUUUGUUUUUUCAAAAUGGCAAUGCUGGGGCUCCUUCUGGUCAGGCGUACUUACCAGACCAUUCAUCACUGCUUCAGAGCCAUGGACUGAACCAGACAGCAUAUAAAGCCGAAAAACUAGUUGAGGACCACCUAGCUGUGCAGUCUUUGAUCAGGGCUUAUCAAAUCCGUGGGCAUCAUGUGGCUCAGUUGGAUCCCCUAGGAAUUCUGGAUGCUGACUUGGAUUCAUUUGUUCCAUCUGACUUAAUCACCACUAUUGAUAAACUGGGGUUUUAUGGUUUGCAUGAAUCUGACCUGGACAAGGUUUUCAGAUUGCCUACCACCACCUUCAUAGGAGGAAAUGAGGCAACGCUUUCUCUACGAGAAAUCAUCAAGCGGUUGGAGAGCACAUAUUGUCAGCACAUUGGACUGGAGUUCAUGUUUAUCAAUGAUGUUGAGCAAUGCCAGUGGAUCCGGCAGAAGUUUGAGACUCCUGGUGUCAUGAAAUUUACAAAUGAGGAAAAAAGGACUUUAUUGGCUAGGCUGGUGCGCUCAAUGAGAUUUGAAGAUUUCCUUGCCCGCAAGUGGUCUUCAGAGAAGCGCUUUGGUUUGGAAGGUUGUGAAGUAAUGAUCCCUGCCCUUAAGACCAUCAUUGAUAAAUCCAGUGAGACGGGGAUUGAGUAUGUAAUAAUGGGGAUGCCUCACAGAGGCAGGCUAAAUGUGUUGGCCAACGUUAUUCGGAAGGAACUGGAGCAGAUCUUCUGUCAGUUUGAUCCUAAACUUGAGGCAGCUGAUGAGGGAUCUGGGGAUGUAAAAUAUCAUUUGGGAAUGUACCACGAGAGGAUCAACCGAGCAACAAAUAAGAAAAUCACCCUUUCGCUUGUGGCUAACCCAUCUCAUUUGGAAGCAGUGGACCCUGUUGUACAGGGAAAGACCAAAGCAGAACAGUUCUAUCGAGGAGAUACAGAAGGUAAAAAGGUCAUGUCCAUAUUGCUACAUGGAGAUGCUGCCUUUGCUGGACAGGGAGUGGUGUAUGAAACCUUUCAUCUCAGUGAUCUGCCAUCUUAUACUACAAAUGGCACUAUCCAUGUUGUGGUCAACAACCAGAUUGGCUUCACCACAGAUCCCCGAAUGGCCCGCUCCUCUCCGUACCCCACUGAUGUUGCUCGUGUAGUCAAUGCACCCAUUUUCCAUGUGAAUGCUGAUGACCCUGAAGCAGUGAUGUAUGUGUGCAACGUAGCUGCAGAAUGGAGAAAUACAUUCAAUAAAGAUGUGGUUGUAGACUUAGUCUGUUACCGAAGGAGAGGCCACAAUGAAAUGGAUGAACCCAUGUUCACCCAGCCCCUGAUGUACAAGCAGAUCCACAAGCAGGUGCCAGUGCUGAAGAAAUAUGCUGACAAACUGAUUGCAGAUGGGACUGUAACACUGCAGGAGUUUGAGGAAGAAAUUGCAAAGUAUGAUAGAAUCUGUGAAGAAGCUUAUACAAGAUCUAAAGAUAAAAAAAUUCUACAUAUUAAGCACUGGCUUGAUUCACCUUGGCCUGGCUUCUUUAAUUUGGAUGGAGAACCAAAAAGCAUGACUUGUACUCCUACUGGCAUUGCAGAAGACAUGCUGACUCACAUUGGCAGUGUAGCCAGCUCUGUGCCACUUGAAGAUUUCAAAAUACAUACAGGACUCUCUCGCAUUUUGAAAGUCCGUAUGGAAAUGACGAAGAAUAGAGUUGUUGACUGGGCCUUAGCAGAAUAUAUGGCAUUUGGAUCUUUGCUGAAAGAAGGUAUCCAUGUUCGACUGAGUGGACAGGAUGUGGAAAGGGGCACUUUUAGCCAUCGUCAUCAUGUGCUCCAUGAUCAAGAAGUUGACAAGAGGACAUGCGUUCCUAUGAAUCACCUCUGGGAGCAGCAAGCCCUGUACACAGUGUGUAACAGCUCCCUUUCAGAAUAUGGUGUCUUAGGUUUUGAGCUUGGCUUUGCCAUGGCAAGUCCCAAUGCUCUGGUGUGCUGGGAAGCUCAAUUUGGUGACUUUCACAACACUGCACAGUGCAUAAUAGACCAGUUCAUCAGCUCAGGGCAGGCAAAGUGGGUUCGUCACAAUGGAAUUGUGCUGCUUUUGCCACAUGGAAUGGAAGGAAUGGGCCCAGAGCAUUCUUCAGCCAGGCCUGAGAGAUUUCUGCAGAUGAGCAAUGAUGAUCCUGAUGCUUAUCCAGAGUUUAGUGAACACUUUGAAGUUUCCCAGCUCUACGAGUGCAACUGGAUUGUGGUGAACUGUUCAACUCCAGCCAAUUAUUUUCAUGUCCUCAGAAGACAGAUCUCACUGCCAUUCAGAAAACCACUGAUCAUUUUGACACCCAAGUCACUGCUGAGGCAUCCUGAAGCCAAAUCCAGUUUUGAUGAAAUGGUAUCUGGUGCGAGCUUCAGACGAGUGAUUCCAGAGGAAGGAAUUGCAGUGGAAGUGCCGACUGAGGUUAAGCGGGUGAUUUUCUGUACAGGGAAAGUGUAUUAUGAUCUUGUUAAAGAGAGAAAAAACCAAGAUUUGGAAGGGCAAGUGGCUCUAACUCGGCUAGAGCAGAUCUCUCCAUUCCCCUUUGAUCUGUUAAAGGAAGAGCUUGAGAGAUAUCCUGGAGCUGAUUUAGUUUGGUGUCAGGAGGAGCACAAAAACAGUGGAUUCUAUGACUAUGUGAAACCUCGUUUCCGCACUAUUGUGAACCACACACGACCCAUAUGGUAUGUUGGCCGAGAACCAGCUGCUGCUUCUGCCACAGGUAACAAGAACACUCAUAUGGUGUCACUCAGAAAAUUCCUGGACACGGCUUUCAACCUAGAGGCCUUUGAAGGAAAGAUGUUCUGACUUCAAGGCACCAGUCCAUCAGCUGUAUAGCAUUAUCAUCAAUUACUGCUUCCAAAGGAGAAAAUAAAAUGGGAAAACUA